UUACCCAAUAGGCACUAUAGGCACUGUGCCUAGGGCCUACGAACAUUUUAGGGCCUACGAAAAUGAAAUUUUUGGUUACGAUUUUUCUGUAAUAUUUUUUUUUAAAGUUAAUUAACUAUUUGUAGAUGUUAGCACAACAAAUAAAAUAUUUUUUAUAAUAUUUCUCGUAUAUUUAUAUUUAAUGUUCGUUAUCGUAAUUCGUAAUAAUCACUUAAUGAAAUCAGAUUGGAUAAACCAUAAACCGAUAAAAUGCAUACGGUAUACGGGAAAACGACUGUGUAUGAUGAAUGAAACGACGAUUUCUGUUUAGAAUAUUUUUGGAAAUAAUACAAAAAUAAUAUCAUUUACGUAAUAUAAAUAAUAUUUAUCGACCGCGGACUCACCCACACACACACACACACGCGUGGACAUUAUAUGCGGGACUUGUUCGGUCGGUAUCGCCAUUCGCCGUAUCGAAACGAUAAGACAACAUUUAAUUAUUCUUAAGUAAUCCUUGUCAAUAUUGUUAUUUGUUCGUAGCAGUCCGCAGUUCCGUACUAUAAAUUAUAAUAUCAUUAUUCAUUAAUAUCGUUUAUUGUCAAUUGUAAAUCCAGUAUAGUGAACUUUAAACGGAACAAUCUCUGAACAGAGUAGAACUAGUAGAAGUAAUAUUGAAAUGUCUGGUGAUGGGUACAAAAGGAUGCACGAAAGUGGUUCUACUAAAAGAAAAAAGAAAGAAAAACGAGAUUUAUACAUCAGUCAACAAAUGGGGUCCAUGAGCAAAUUCAUAAUAACACAAAAUCGUUCUAAUGCAGGUACAAGUACAAACCAAAUUGAGAUUUCAAAUAAAAAUCAACUAAUAAAUAUUAUGACAGAUGAAUCUAAAAUUGAAGGUAAUUUAUUAGGUUCAUCUCCUAAGAAAACUGAACCAAAUUUGACAACUCCCUUAAACGAAACUACAAGUGUUAUAACUGAAUCUAUACCAGAUAAAGUUAAAUCCAAUCUGACCGACCUUAGUAAUUUAAAAUUUAGUAACGAUCCUGCACAUUGGGAAAUUAACGCUGAUCUGAUUUCUUAUUUUUCUGAAAAUAUUCCUAUUCAAAAUGUGGAUGCAGAUUUAACUGUAUCUGCUAGACAAUUUGGUAAAAAAAUGAGAUAUUUCAGAAAGGAAUAUUUUUCACGAGCAUUAGGAAAUGGUGAGUGUGUAAAUCGAGACUGGCUGAUAUAUUCGCCAUCCACUGGAUCAGUGUAUUGCUAUGUGUGUAAAAUUUUUCGUCAUUUGCAAAGUAGUGAUAAAUUAACACUUGUGCAUCAAUUCGAAAGUGGUUUUGAUGAUUGGAAAAAUAUUAAUGUUAGAAUGGAAACUCACGAACAAUCUAAUGACCAUUUUAACUCGAUAAAAAAAAUGGUAGACCUUCAAAAAUGUAAAAAAAUAGAUGUGGAAUUAAUAAAUCAGUAUAAUAAAGAAAAAAUGUAUUGGAUUCAAGUUUUAAGACGAGUUAUAGCAGUAAUUAAGUUCUUAUCGUCUAGAGGAUUAGCUUUUAGAGGAGAUUCGGAAGUAUUUGGCUGUCCAAAAAAUGGUAACUAUUUAGGUUGCCUUGAACUUCUUUCUAAUUUUGAUCCUUUUCUUGAAGAGCAUAUAAAAAAGUUCGGAAAUCCUGGCAAAGGAAAUAUAUCAUAUAUGUCAUCUACGAUUUGCAACGAAUUUAUAGACAUUCUUGCUACUACUCUAAAUUUAAAAAUUGUUUCUGAAAUAAAAGAAUCAAUAUAUUUCGGUAUUAGUAUUGAUUCGACGCCCGACAUAGCGCACAUCGAUCAGUUAACGAUCAUUAUUCGUUACACCACCAUUGGUCAAGGAAAAGUCGUAGAGAGAUUUCUUGGCUUUGUUCCUAUUGAACAGCAUGAUGGUAAAUAUCUUUUUAAUGUAUUGACUAAAUUGCUUAACGAUAACAAUAUUGACAUAUCAAAUUGCCGUUCUCAGUCUUACGACAAUGCGAGUAAUAUGAGUGGAAUAUACUCAGGAGUUCAAGCUCUUUUUCGUGAAGUAAAUAAAUUGGCCGAGUGGGUUCCCUGUGCUGCACAUAGUUUAAACUUGGUAGGAUCUGUUACUGUUGAAUGUUGUACUGAAGCCAUUAAAUUUUUUAGUGUGGUUCAGUCAAUUUAUACGUUUUUGGCAGCAUCACCUCAAAGAUGGUCUAUAAUGUUAAAAAAUAUGAAGGAGUCUGUUUUUGUAGUUAAAAGUCUGUCUGAAACAAGAUGGUCCGCGCGUAGUGAUGCAACGAAGGCAUUAUCACUUAAUUAUGAAGAAAUCCGUCAGGCUUUGAUUGAUAUUUCAUUAUCAGAAAGACAACCUCCUAAUGCUGUUAAUGAAGCUAAGUCACUUGUUAAAAAACUCAAUCGUCUUGAAACUGUUCUAAUGUCUAAUAUUUGGAAUGACAUUUUACAACAAAUUAAUAUUGUAAACAAAUCGUUACAAACACCCGGUAUUGAGAUAUGUACUGUCGUUAACCUCUAUAACAGUCUUAUAUUAUGUUUUAAAAAAAUGAGAAGCGCCGAAGAAUUUGAUUUAUUUGAAGAAAAAGCAAAAAAAAGAGUUUCUGGUUUGUCUGAUUAUUCUGAAAUGGAAUCUAGAAAACGUAAACAUAAAGUCUCGAUAAAUGAUGGCAAUGCAAUUGAUGCUGUUGAUCAAAUGAGUGCUAGAGAUAAAUUCAAAACUCAAACAUUUUAUAGCUUUCGAGAAACUGGGAUGUCUGUUAAUGAAAUGCUAAUUAAACAAAUAAAUACCAAAAUGGUAACAAGUUUUCCAAAUGUAAACAUUGCUUUUAGGAUAUAUUUAUCAAUUUUUGGGACUUCGUGCGAAGGUGAAAGAUCAUUUUCAAUUUUAAAGAGGGUUAAGAACUGGCAGCGGUCAACUAUUGGACAAGAUAAAUUAUCAUCAUUAUCGGUACUUGCAAUUGAACACGAAUUACUCCAAGACAUCGAUACCGAAAAAGUUAUAGAAUCAUUUGCAAACAAAAAAUAUCGUACUGUGUACGUACCACCAUUAUCAUCAACUAUACAGAAGAGCUAUACAAUUAGCGGAGUCCAUUACAAUGGAUAUGCAUCGAAUGAAUAUGAGUUCCGACUUCCGACUAUACAUACAUAUAGCUGUUGUGUUCGUGUGACCAUAUAA